AUGUUGAAUUUGUUUGGCUGGGGUACAGCGGUCCCGGAGGCUGGCGACAAAGUCCUCCCUCUCCACUUCUUCGAUGAUACGCCAGUCUGGAGAUCGUUCAUUUUGUAUUCCUUGUUUGUUUUUGAGGAUGUACUUGACACGGAUAAGAUUCGCCACUCAUUGGAAGAGCUGGCCCAAAGGGAGGGUUGGUGGAAACUGGGAGCUCGGCUCCGACGAAACUCCAAAGGCGUUCUUGAGUAUCACAUCCCCGCCGAUUUCAACCAAGGCCGGCCGUCCAUUGCGUAUACCCAUGUUCAGCAUGACACACCCAUGGCCGACGACCCCGUCGCGGGUCAAAUACCCAAGCCAAGCGCAAAACCCUCUAUACUCGGUGACCCCGACCAAUUCUUGAGUCUCAUGCAUCCUGAGGGUAGCCCUAAGAAAUUGGAAGACUAUGUAAACUCGGAAAGGCCCCAGCUUGGUCUACACACGGUUUCUUUCAGGGAUGCCACUCUCGUCUCCAUUUACUGGCCUCAUAUACUAUUCGAUGCCAUGGGCAAGAAGGCUCUCUUGACUGCGUGGUCACUGACACUUCAAGGACGACAGGACGAAAUUUUGCCUCUUUGUGGCGCCGAUAACGACCCUCUUACGGAGCUUGGCUGUCGCCCUACCGAGCCUCACAAGUUGGCUGAUCGUCAACUCUCCACGUUGGGGCUGGUUCGAUAUGGCCUUAACCACAUCACAGAGUUUGCACUACGUGGGAAUGAAACCCGAAUAGUAUGCGUUCCAGCCGCUUUUAUGGACAAUUUGAGGGACGAGGCAAUGCGAGAUGUCUCUGUGGACAGUUCCGGUGACGAAGACACGUUCCUAAGUGAGGACGACAUUCUUUGUGCUUGGUGGACUCGCAUAGCCAUAUCAUAUCUACCUCAAGACUCGGACACGAACGUUAUCCUAUAUCACGCUUACUCUCUCCGUUCUGUUCUCACCAGAGACUUGCUACCAGCCGGUACCUCAUACCUCUCCAACGCCACUGGGUUCAUUCAUACGCCUCUCACCGUCAAAGAAAUAUUCACAAAACCUUUGGGCUACAUCGCAUCACGUAUCCGACACUCAAUCUCAGAAUACGGAACAAGAGAGCAGGUUGAGGCGUUCAUGUCCAUGAUCAGACAGUCACAGGCGCGAACACCUCCAUUCUUUGGGGAUCGGCUCUUUCUCCACCCUUACGCACUUUGA